GUGUUGUUCCCGUGAUCAGUAAGAGAUAAGAGAUUGGAGUGGAGGGCACGCCAAUGAGAAGGACGACACAAACCUCAGUCACUGUCUACACCUGCCCGCGACAACACGCUCACCGGCCGCCCUCACCAGCACCAGCAUCCACCUAAGAAACUCCAGCAAAAUGUGUGACGACGAGGUUGCCGCCCUGGUUGUGGACAAUGGCUCCGGCAUGUGCAAGGCAGGUUUCGCCGGCGACGACGCCCCCCGCGCCGUCUUCCCCUCCAUCGUCGGUCGUCCCCGCCAUCACGGCGUGAUGGUGGGCAUGGGCCAGAAGGACUCCUACGUGGGUGACGAGGCGCAGAGCAAGCGAGGUAUCCUCACCCUCAAAUACCCCAUCGAGCACGGUAUUGUCACCAACUGGGACGACAUGGAGAAGAUCUGGCACCACACUUUCUACAAUGAGCUCCGUGUGGCCCCAGAGGAGCACCCAGUCCUGCUGACGGAGGCUCCCCUCAACCCCAAGGCCAACCGCGAAAAGAUGACCCAGAUCAUGUUCGAAACCUUCAACACACCUGCCAUGUAUGUUUCCAUCCAGGCCGUGCUGUCCCUGUACGCCUCCGGUCGUACCACCGGUAUUGUGCUGGACUCCGGUGACGGCGUUUCACACACUGUCCCCAUCUACGAGGGAUAUGCCCUUCCUCACGCUAUCCUGCGUCUGGACUUGGCUGGCCGUGACCUCACCGACCACCUGAUGACGAUUCUGACAGAGCGCGGUCAUACCUUCACGACCACCGCUGAGCGAGAAAUCGUUCGUGACAUCAAGGAGAAGCUGUGCUACGUCGCCCUCGACUUCGAAGAGGAAAUGGCCACCUCAGUACAGUCCUCCUCCCUGGAAAAGUCUUACGAGCUUCCUGAUGGCCAGGUCAUCACCAUCGGCAACGAGAGGUUCCGCUGCCCCGAGGCUCUCUUCCAGCCUUCCUUCCUUGGCCUGGAAAACGUCGGCAUCCACGAAACCGUGUACAACUCCAUCAUGAAGUGCGACGUGGACAUCCGUAAGGACCUGUACGCCAACACUGUGCUGUCUGGAGGCACCACCAUGUACCCCGGCAUUGCUGACAGGAUGCAGAAGGAAAUCACCUCCCUGGCGCCCUCCACCAUGAAGAUCAAGAUCAUUGCUCCCCCUGAGCGCAAGUACUCCGUCUGGAUCGGCGGCUCCAUCCUGGCCUCCCUCUCCACCUUCCAGCAGCUCUGGAUCAGCAAGCAGGAGUACGACGAGUCUGGCCCCUCCAUUGUCCACAGGAAGUGCUUCUAACCGCACUGGGAUGAACUCAUUACACUGCCGGUAUCCGUGUACACGCAGACAAAGCACAUGAAUGGAGAUAGUAGUGCUGAAGAAUUUCACUGUCCUAUCCCUUAGUCCCAGCCAUGACGAGCGUAUGGAAGUGCGUACCACAUAACAUGCCUUGUAAUUCUGUAUGAAUGAUGUAGCAAAUGUAUAAACGUACCUUAGCUGUAGCUGGCGUUGUGGCGGGGCAGCUGUGCAGGGCGGCUAAGAGCAAAUUGUUCGUGAUUCUCAAACUAUGACUCACCUCUUCGAGUUUUAUGAAUUGUUAAUCUUUCGGAGGAAGUUUCAACAUGCAUUGUUCUCUUCAUUUUUCAUUUCCUUCCAGAUGAACAAACUAGACGUAAAAGGUAUAUGAUUUACCAAGAUGCCGUAUGUUUCUCUUUCGCAUUUCCAAAAGAAGCUUUAAAUGACACGUGUAUAAAAUUAUCUUCAUGACACCAAAGAGAUGUAAAUUUACGAAUAAACUAAAUUACAUA